AUUUGGCCAGACACAGAACUGCAAAGCCCUCUGUCGCUUAUGCGCCGUUUCGAAACAACGAGCGACAAGGCCAAAGAAAUACAUAUUUUUCAUCUGAUUGAAAUCUACAACAUCAUAGUUGCUAUUUCGGUGCUGUUUUAGGUCUUUUGUCCUGAGCCUGAAGGUCCAGCGACAGCAGCCAUGUUUCUGUACAAUCUGACACUGCAGCGGGCCACUGGCAUCUCCUAUGCCAUCCAUGGCAACUUCUCAGGAACUAAGCUGCAGGAGAUUGUUGUUUCCCGUGGGAAAAUUCUGGAGCUGCUGCGUCCUGAUGCCAACACGGGGAAGGUCCACACUCUGCUUACUAUGGAGGUGUUUGGUAUCAUCCGAUCCCUUAUGGCAUUCAGGCUGACGGGUGGAACUAAAGACUAUGUUGUGGUAGGGAGUGACUCUGGUCGUAUUGUAAUCUUGGAGUACCAUCCCUCCAAGAACAUGUUUGAGAAGAUACACCAGGAGACGUUUGGCAAGAGUGGCUGCAGACGCAUCGUACCAGGGCAGUUCCUUGCUGUGGACCCUAAAGGCAGAGCUGUUAUGAUAGGUGCCAUAGAAAAGCAGAAGCUGGUAUACAUCCUGAACAGAGAUGCAGCUGCCCGCCUUACCAUCUCCUCUCCUCUGGAGGCACACAAGGCUAAUACACUCGUGUACCAUGUGGUUGGAGUGGAUGUGGGCUUUGAGAACCCCAUGUUUGCCUGCCUAGAGAUGGACUAUGAGGAGGCUGAUAAUGAUCCCACAGGGGAGGCUGCAGCAAACACACAACAGACUCUGACCUUCUAUGAGCUGGACUUGGGCCUCAACCAUGUGGUACGCAAGUACAGCGAGGCGCUGGAGGAACAUGGCAACUUUCUCAUUACAGUGCCUGGUGGUUCUGAUGGACCCAGCGGUGUGCUUAUUUGCUCUGAGAACUACAUCACCUACAAAAACUUUGGGGACCAGCCAGAUAUUCGUUGCCCAAUCCCACGCAGAAGGAAUGACCUGGAUGAUCCAGAGCGAGGCAUGAUCUUUGUGUGCUCUGCCACCCACAAGACCAAGUCCAUGUUUUUUUUUCUGGCUCAGACAGAGCAGGGAGACAUCUUUAAGGUUACCUUGGAGACUGAUGAAGAGAUGGUAACAGAGAUCAGGAUGAAGUAUUUUGAUACCAUCCCAGUGGCUACAGCUAUGUGUGUUUUGAAGACUGGCUUCCUAUUUGUUGUCUCUGAGUUUGGAAACCAUUACCUGUAUCAGAUUGCCCAUUUGGGUGAUGAUGAUGAAGAACCAGAGUUUUCCUCUGCCAUGCCUCUGGAGGAGGGAGACACAUUCUUCUUCCAACCCCGUCCCUUAAAGAACCUGGUACUGGUGGAUGAGCAGGAAAAUCUUUCCCCCAUAAUGUCCUGCCAGAUUGCCGAUUUGGCUAAUGAAGACACCCCACAGCUGUAUGUGUCAUGUGGAAGAGGACCCAGAUCUACACUGAGAGUUCUGAGACACGGACUGGAGGUGUCGGAAAUGGCCGUUUCUGAACUGCCCGGUAACCCCAAUGCUGUGUGGACUGUCAGGAGACACGUGGAAGAUGAAUUUGAUGCCUACAUCAUUGUGUCCUUUGUUAAUGCCACCCUGGUGCUAUCUAUCGGGGAGACAGUGGAAGAAGUGACAGACUCUGGAUUCCUGGGCACAACACCCACCCUGUCCUGCUCGUUGCUAGGGGAAGAUGCACUUGUACAAGUCUACCCUGACGGGAUCCGUCACAUCCGUGCGGAUAAGCGAGUCAAUGAAUGGAAGACUCCAGGGAAGAAGACAAUCGUCCGCUGUGCUGUCAAUCAGAGGCAGGUGGUCAUUGCUUUGACUGGAGGAGAGCUUGUCUAUUUUGAGAUGGACCCGUCUGGGCAGCUCAAUGAAUAUACAGAGAGGAAAGAGAUGUCUGCAGAUGUGGUGUGCAUGAGUUUGGCAAACGUGCCCCCUGGUGAGCAGCGCUCUCGUUUCCUGGCUGUCGGGUUGGUGGAUAAUACUGUCCGCAUCAUCUCCCUGGAUCCAUCAGACUGUCUGCAGCCAUUGAGUAUGCAGGCUCUUCCGGCUCAGCCGGAGUCUCUUUGUAUCGUGGAGAUGGGUGGAGUGGAAAAGCAGGAUGAACUUGGAGAAAAGGGCACCAUCGGCUUCCUCUACCUCAACAUUGGGCUACAGAACGGAGUGUUACUGCGUACAGUCCUGGACCCAGUAACCGGAGACCUGUCUGAUACUCGUACCCGUUAUCUCGGUUCUCGUCCUGUUAAGCUUUUCAGAGUCCGGAUGCAGGCCCAGGAAGCUGUUCUGGCUAUGUCCAGUCGCUCUUGGCUGAGUUACUCUUAUCAGUCUCGUUUCCACCUGACCCCUCUUUCAUAUGAAACUCUGGAAUAUGCCUCAGGAUUUGCAUCCGAGCAGUGUCCAGAGGGAAUCGUUGCCAUCUCCACCAACACACUGAGGAUUUUGGCUCUAGAGAAACUGGGUGCUGUAUUCAACCAGGUGGCAUUCCCACUGCAGUACACGCCUCGCAAGUUUGUCAUCCACCCAGAGACCAACAACUUGAUCCUGAUUGAGACGGACCACAACACCUACACUGAGGCCACCAAAGCUCAGCGCAAGCAGCAGAUGGCCGAGGAAAUGGUGGAGGCUGCGGGAGAAGAUGAAAGGGAGCUGGCUGCAGAAAUGGCAGCAGCCUUUUUGAAUGAGAGCCUUCCAGAAGCUAUCUUUGGGGCACCUAAGGCAGGCUCUGGUCAGUGGGCUUCACUGGUACGCAUGAUCAACCCCAUCCAGGGCAACACAUUGGACCUGGUGCAGCUGGAGCAGAACGAGGCAGCCUUCAGUGUGGCUGUAUGUCGCUUCUCCAGUGGAGGUGAUGACUGGUAUGUGUUGGUGGGCGUAGCCAGAGAUAUGAUACUAAAUCCCCGCUCCGUUGGUGGGGGAUAUAUUUAUACCUAUCGGCUGGUAGGGGGUGGGGACAAGCUAGAGUUUUUGCACAAGACGCCUGUGGAGGACGUGCCCCUGGCUAUUGCUCCCUUUCAGGGGCGAGUGUUGGUGGGAGUGGGCAAACUCUUGCGUAUCUAUGACCUGGGAAAGAAGAAACUUCUCCGCAAGUGUGAGAACAAGCACGUUCCUAACUUAGUGACGGGCAUCCACACCAUUGGGCAGCGUGUGAUUGUGUCUGAUGUUCAGGAGAGUCUAUUCUGGGUGCGUUACCGACGCAACGAAAACCAGCUCAUCAUCUUUGCUGACGAUACUUACCCUCGCUGGGUCACGACUGCCUGCCUGCUUGAUUAUGACACGAUGGCCGCCGCUGAUAAGUUUGGAAACAUCAGCGUUGUUCGUUUGCCCCCCAACACCAGCGAUGAUGUUGAUGAGGACCCCACAGGAAACAAAGCAUUGUGGGACAGAGGCUUGCUUAACGGAGCAUCACAAAAGGCUGAGGUGAUAAUUAACUAUCACAUUGGAGAGACAGUGCUGUCCCUCCAGAAAACCACCCUCAUCCCUGGAGGAUCGGAGUCCCUGGUGUACACUACACUAUCAGGAGGCAUUGGUAUCCUGGUACCAUUCACCUCUCAUGAGGAUCAUGACUUCUUCCAGCAUUUAGAGAUGCACAUGCGCUCUGAGUUUCCCCCUCUGUGUGGCAGAGAUCACCUCAGCUUUCGUUCCUACUAUUUCCCUGUGAAGAAUGUCAUAGAUGGAGACCUAUGUGAACAGUUUAACUCCAUGGACCCUCAUAAGCAGAAGAGUGUGGCUGAGGAGUUGGAUCGCACACCUCCAGAGGUGUCUAAGAAACUGGAAGACAUCAGAACACGCUAUGCCUUCUAAUGUCCUCACGUCUGGCAAGCAAACUAUGUGAAAUACUACCAUUUUUCCAGGCUUCCCAUUGCUGUGGCUCCAAAACUUUCCUACCACAAGUAUAGGAGCAACAUUUUGGUGACAGCUCAAGGAAGUUCCCCCUUUAACUGGAGCCAGCUGUGAGCGGUCAUGGUCCCUGUGGUCAAUGACCCUGUCCUGCUUGACUAUAAAAAACACAAACUACAAUUGGUACUGUACUCCGUAUAAAGCAACUCUGUUUCAUCAUUAAGUUCAUACUGAGCAGUUGCAUCUAGAGACAAAUAUUUUCAGAGUGAAUUUCAUGCAGAAGACUACAUCAUAUCAUCCAUUAUAUAUGUAUGGUACAAGCUAAAUGGACAUAACCUUGAAAAUGUACCACAGUGCAAAUGAAAUCCAGCUAAAUCCACAUUUUAUUGAAUGAAUCGUAUUCUGCAUAAAACAUUAAAUUAUUCACAUCUUGAAUUUUUUUUAAUUUUUUUUUUUUAAGGUUAAAAAUGCUGUUCCUAAAUUUGUAAAAACAGACUUUGUAAAAUAGCUUUAGGUUUUUGGUUUGUUUGUUUUUUUGUCAAGGGAAAUGGCAAAUCUGUUUUAACUUGCUGUUUUUGUAUCGUGUUGGAGCACUAAUCACUUAAACUGAAAAGAAAAAAAAGAUAGUCCUGUUUCUUGAAGUGUGAGAAUUUUGUAAAUAAACCUUUUUUACAUU